AUGCGAAUAAUAAUAGUAUUGUCACGUUCCCGAGGAGUUCCUGUACUAACACGUCGACUCUUCCCAAAAUCCCCCUCGUUUAUCAUCCAUCGCACCUUCAACGACUCCAACGGCGGCCUCAUAAUGCCGGGUCAACUUCGCGGCUACGACCACCUGCGCGAACCCAGGCUGAACAAAGGCCUCGCCUUCACCCUGGAAGAGCGUCAAUCGCUCGGCAUUCACGGUCUACUCCCGGCCCAGAUUCGCACCCUUGAUGAACAACUGGAACUCUGUCGCCUAGCAUUCUCCCGCUACAAGGAAGACCUGCACAAGUACGUCUACAUGGUCGAACUGCACGAUCGCAACGAGAAGCUGUUCUUCCGGCUGCUCACCGAAGACAUCGAGCGAAUGAUGCCGAUCGUCUACACGCCGACGGUGGGGCUGGCCUGUCAGAAGUUCGGGUUUAUCUUUCGGCGGUCGGUCGGGUUGUUCGUGACGAUCAACGAUCGGGGACAUGUCUACGAGGUGUUGAAGAACUGGCCCGAGAUGGACGUGAGGGCGAUCGUGGUGACGGAUGGGGAACGCAUAUUGGGACUGGGGGAUUUGGGCGCGCAAGGGAUGGGAAUUCCGGUGGGAAAGCUGGCCUUGUAUACGGCGCUGGCCGGAGUGAAGCCACAUCAAUGCUUGCCGGUGGUGAUCGACGUGGGGACGAACAACGAGGAGUUUCUGCAGGAUCCGUUGUAUAUUGGGUUGAAGCAGAAGCGGGUGAGAGGGGAAGAGUACGACGCGUUGAUUGACGAGUUCAUGGCGGCCGUGGUGAAGAGGUACGGACAGAAUACGCUGAUUCAGUUCGAGGAUUUCGGGAAUAAGAACGCGUUCAAGUUCUUGGAUAGAUAUCGGAACUCGUACUGUACGUUCAACGAUGACAUUCAAGGAACGGCGGCCAUUGUGGUGGCAGGGUUGAUGGCUUCGCAGAAGAUUGUGGGGCGGAGCAUGUCCGAACACAAGUUUCUGUUCCUAGGAGCGGGUGAGGCAGCGAUUGGGAUUGCUGAUCUUUUGGUGAGAGCGAUGGAAUCUGACGGGAUUCCGGAGGAUCAAGCUCAGGAGAAAAUUUGGAUGUUUGACAAACAAGGGCUGCUGGCGAAAGAAAGAGAAGAAGGGGAGCUGGAGGGUCACAAGAUCCGGUACGCUAAAGACAAAUGUCCGACCAAAGACUUCUUGGAGGUUGUCAAAAAGGUCCAACCGUCUGUGCUGAUCGGAGCUUCGGCCGCCGCAGGCGCGUUCAAUAAGGAUGUUCUCAGAACCAUGGCAGACUGUAAUGAACGUCCGAUAAUAUUUGCCUUAUCGAAUCCAACGGCCAUGGCGGAAUGCACAGCUCAAGAGGCGUACGACUUUACGGAUGGUCGUUGCUUAUUCGCGUCAGGAUCUCCAUUUCCACCGGUGGAAUUCAACGGAAAGACCUUCGUCACAGGUCAGGGAAACAACGCGUAUGUAUUCCCGGGAGUGGCCUUGGGGGUGAUUGCAUCCGGAAUCCAUCACAUAUCGGACGAUAUUUUUCUGAAGGCUGCGGAGGUCGUUGCCAAUAAGGUUUCUGAAGAAGAUUUGUCCAAGGGAUUGCUGUAUCCACCGUUGAGCAGCAUCAAGCAAUGCUCGAUUGAAAUAGCUGUCGGUGUGCUUGAAUAUGCGUACCAAAAAGGAAUCGCGUCCAGAUAUCCCGAACCCGAAGACAAGCUCGCUCUCAUAAAAUCGCAUCAAUACAGCUUCUGCUACGAACGAUCUCUCCCUGCUACUUGGCGAUGGCCGCAAAACCAUUGCAAACCCCAGGGAACCGUUAAGGAUCCAUGUUUAAAUGAUUCGUAACUUACUACUUUCUUGUAUUUCAUGAAGCCUAUUUUAUUAUACGUCAACCAAUUAGAUAACAAAUUAUUACUCUUAUAAAACCCUUCUGUUUUAAUCACUAAGCCUUGGGUGCCCGAUUGGUAAGGAAC